GGAGGAGGGGGUAUGGCGGGAAUGGAUGGGAAGGGUGACGGCCCGGUGGCGCCCGUGAGGAGCAGCGACCGGCUGCGGCAGCGGCCCAAGUACUACGGGCGGGGGUUUCUCUACUACUCACCCAACAUGCGCAACAAGAUGAACAACAAGAAGCGGGCGGCUGCGUCGCAGAUCGCCAAGAAGAUGCUUCGCAAGCCGGCUGCGCGGGAUCCUCCGGCUGAUUCUGUUGCAGCAAAUCUGCGCCGUUCAACGCGAAAGCGAAGAGUGUCUGUAACUCUGGAUGGCUACGGCACAGAUAGUUCCAGUAUGGAAGAUGAUGAUCUUAUGAGACCCAGAUAUCGGUCUUCAAAGAGUAAAGUGAACGAUCAAGCAUCGGAACGGCCUAAACGCAAGAAUAUGUCUAACUCUAACUCCAUGCCCCGCCGUGAAGGUUUAAGGCCUAGAAGAUCUCUGCGGGGACAAAGGCAUCUUCCAUUCCAAGAUUCUGAUGAUGACCAGGAAAGUUCUGAAGAACAUACGCAAGAUCAGAGAGAAAAUGGUAAUGAUAUUGAAGAGGAUGAUGCCAAUGAAGAGGAGGUUGAUGGAGGUGAUGAAGCUGAAGAAGAUGGAGAUGAUGAAGACGGCGAGGAAGAGCCAGAAGGAAGGAAAAAAUAUGAUCUAAGGGAUCGUGCAGAAGUUCGUAGACCUUCCCCACGGAAGGAAGUGAAGCACAGACCACAAUCUCCCCGCAGAGUACUUGUACAUGGUGCUGGUCCAAAGAACAGCAAGUAUUUGAAAAAAAGUGGGUCACGCAUGCACAAGCGCCCUCGUUUUUCAAUGCCAGAUGAUUCAGAUGAUUCUCUCCUUGUGGACGAGCCAGAUGAAGGUCCAUCCAUGCCAUGGAUGCGUAGUGGGAGAGGAGGUAUGCCAUGGCUUUUGGGUGGAAUGGAUAUGCAUGACUGUGAACAGCUCAGGGCUGUAUUAAUGACUCUGUUGAAUGAGUUGGCAUCCAACCUUCCAGUUUUGUUGCUGGGAACUUCAUCAGUGGCCUUUGAUGACCUCCGAAGAGAUCCUGAAGCUGAUAAAAGCAACUACUUGGAGCAGGAUAGCAGCAAGCAGUUUUUGAAAGCCUACAAAGUGGUUCCAGAGAUGAUCAAAGCAGCUACAGAAUUUGUGUAUAUCUUGAUCAGUUCUGCCUGGACUUGGGAGUACCACUUGUGCAUCGAUGAGGAUAAGGAUGCACAAGCCAGGACAGAGAGGGAGAAUAAAAAAUGGAAGAAUGAGAAGCGUGUGAGUGGGCCCCGACCGUUGAGGAGGCGGCGCUUGGACUGGGGCCAGAAGCUUCUGAAUCUGGGCAGCGCGCACGCCUCACCGCCCGCAGCAUCUCCUCGCACUUCCUCCGCCGCCCUCGCCGCCGCCGCCGCCUGUUGCAGUCAACGGGGAACUCUGAUGCUGGAUGGUGCUAGUGAAACAAGUGACAGGGAGCGUUCUAUUCGACCGAUUGGAAUUGAACGGUCGGGAUGGAUGGGCAUGUUGGAUAACUACCUCCUCCAGUCCGCCGCCUGGGUUUCUUGCCGGAAGCAGAAGCUCUCCCUCUUGGACUGGAUACUUAAUGGAGGUUAUCCAUUUCCAUGGCGAGCUCUGCUGCGGCCAGGAGCUUCGUGA